UGAAAGGCAGCUCGUCACCAUCACGCUCUCUCUCUCUCUCUCUCAACGAUAUAUGCGAUUAUUUUCUGCUUGACCUGGACUCUCUUCUAGGAGACCUAGAAAUUUGACAGCUUGGUUACGAAGCGGGACGCGCUGCUCUUUGCUAAGGAAGGAUCUGACGCGAAGAAACAGAACGACGUCGGAGAAGUAAACAUCGGCCUUGUAGGAUUGGAAGACCGUCCACGUAAGCCCCAUACGCAUCACGACACGCAAAUAUCUUCACGGAUCUGUCUCUUGGACGGCCCAACGGCCCUAUCCCCAAAUCAAUAUCUCUUGUUCUUAGCUUAUCAUGAUGGGUUGGCUAGGGUAUCUUGUGCCCAAGAUUCUCUUGCCUACCUUUACUUGGCCUCACCAAGUCCUUGGAUCCGUUGAUUUGGCUUCAACAAUUCCACCCGCACCACGGCUGUUGCCGCCUACUAUUCGUCGGGCUGUCGGAUUUGUUCAUGAUUACCUUCAGACCUUCUCGUACCACUACUGCCGAUGGUGUGGCAUUCCAUUCGAUAACCAGAUCGCAGCCCUUCCGUUUGGAUUGGUGUUAAAGUGGUCAGACGGUACGCGGCUUGAAGAAGUAGCGGCAACCAUGAUUGCGCGGGCGGCGGGCUUUCCAGUGUCAAAGAUCCUUUCAUACGGCGAUCAUCCCGAUACACCACAUGCGCCCGUUUCGAUUCUUAUGACACGCAUACCGGGAAAAGAAUUGGGUGAAUUGUAUGAGAAAAUGACCGACAACGAGCGUGAGAGUGUUUUUGCAGAACUGCAGUGCAUCUUGCAAGUCAUGCGGAGAUGGGAACGCCCAGGUGGCAAUAAUCAGAUCUGUUCCGUUUUGGGCACUGCAAUCAGGAGCGUACGCAUCCCUAAUCAUGCUGUCGGACCGUGUGAGUCCGAGGCAGAAUUCAACAACCACCUUUUCAGCACGGUCUCCAGCCACAGCUUCACGACGCGAGAGGAGUUUGAAGAGACUGUUAGAAUUGCCGAGAAGAUCCGAAAGUCACAGCAUCCGAUUGUUUUCACUCAUGGCGAUCUCAAGCAUCAUAAUGUCAUGGUUCUCGAUGGUCAUAUUUCGGCAUUUUUAGACUGGGAGUCUGCGGGCUGGUAUCCAGAUUAUUGGGAGUUCACUACACCGUUAAGAUAUGGCCCAAAAGAUUUUUGGUGGAAUGCGAUGGUACGGAGACUGGGUGGAGAAAAUUAUGUCACGGAGCUAGAGAGUGAGAAAGCACUAGUUGCUCUUACGGUGGAUUCAUGGGUAUGGUAGCCGGUGCGGCUCGACAACCCUCACUGCUCGUGGCGGCAAACUGUUGAGAGCUUUAGGGGCAUAACAGCGUUUCUUCUGGAGGGCCUUGUACAGAACUUUAACAGCCCCUCAGCUGAACCUUUCUCCCAUCCGGCCUGACCUCAGGCGCUGGGCAACUGCAGAUGCACCACCGACAUUUUGAACGAUGCGUAGAGCAAGAAACUCUC